AUGGCAGCGAUCACCGCGCCCCAGGUCACCGCCCUCAACCCUUCUCCACACCUCGUUCGUCUAUCCCCGCAUAAUCCGCCGCAAAUGACUGUCGAAAGCCAAGCAGGCGCUCGUUCGGACGAAAGCGCGGCUGGAAACCAAUGUCUAGCAGCAUGCACCGAUGCUCAGAUGCAGAUGGUGCAUCCGCGCAGCGUCGAGGCUGCUCUUGCAGUCUUCAGCCCCAGCAGCAGCAGCCGGCAGCCGUCAGUUUCCCCGCCGGCGCAGUCAGCGUGCCGGUCAAACAGCCCCGAUGCGAUAGCGAUGCAGGUGACGGGGGAGAAGCGGCCGGCGGUAGACGAUCCGAGCGCAAAUGACGCCGCCGCCAUGCGCCCGCGGAAACUCUUCGCCGCAUCGAUUCCGCCCCUCACCAUCCCCGCCGCGCCAUCCACUUCCGCAUCUCUAGCUGCGCUCAGCACCGCGCCUCUCCGCCUACCUUCCCUUGCGCCCGCGCCUCCUCCCCCGCAACCCCAAGCGGCACCCAACCCGCCCACCCCUGCCACCGUCACUCUAUCAAUCUCCUACCCUACCACUCCUCUACCCGUUCUCCCGCCGCGUACGCGUUAUGAUCCGGUUGCGUUUGCGCGCGGGAUGCAGGCUCUACAGGGCACGCCCCUCGGCCGGCUGCUCAACGCCACACCCGAUAUUGUCGUGGACGGCGUUCCUCGUCGCGUAGUGCCCAGUAAGCCGCCCAGUAGUCCCGCGACGCAGGGUGCAAUGGGACAGUCUGCAUCACCCGUUCCCCUCAUGCAGCUGCCGUCGCGACUCGCCGGGAAUAUCGGCGCCAACAGCGGUCCCCGCGCGAGCGGGCCAGUCAAGCCGCGUCUUCUCGUGCCGUCGCCUGCCGCCAUCGCCUCCGCCAUCGCCGCAAAUGCCGCUGCGCCAUCCACUGCCCGCAAAACCGAGCUCUUCCCCCUGCCUUCCGCUUCCCCAACUGCUCCCGCGCCCGCAUCCGCUUGCUUUCCCCCUGCUGCCGCUCCUCCAACCCUCUUGACCUGCCCUAUUGUCCUUCCGCGCAUCUGCACUUCCGCCGCCCCAGCGCCGAUCCGCGACACAGAUGCCGGCGCGCGUGCGGCCGGCGCGGCGUUUGAUCCGCUAGUGGAGUGCGAGGAGAGUCUCGAUAGCUUAUCAGAUCCGUCGGAUCUGACCUCCCCCACCGCCACUAGCGCGUGCAGCAGAGGCGGUUGCGACGCCGAGGAGAGCGGCGCGAAGGACGCGAUGUCGUCCGUCGCCCUGCCACGUGGCAGCAGCAGCGGAAGUGGCGCACGGUGGGGCCGCAACCGGUCCGUCACAAGCAAGCAAACGGCGGCCGGCAGGAGACGGCAGGUUAACGGCAAAAGUUCCGGUGCCGUCAAGGUUAGCGGAGGUGCGAGCGCGGGCGCUGUUGGAACGGACGGAACGGGGGCGUGUGUGGUAACCACAUCGGGGCAACGACCGCUUCACACACUGCAUCCCGCGCCUGCUCCCCCCGCCACCGCUGCCGCGCGCCUCCUCCUUCACUCCGCCUCCGCCCGAUCCACCAGCGCCAAUCCCGCCGCCGCCGCCGCCGCCGCCGCAGCUGCAGCAGAAGCAGCGGCUGCGGGUUUCGGGUUCGUUUCGCAGGAGCGCGGCGCUGCAGGUGUGGGUGGAGGAGCGGAAGCAGCGGCGCAGAUGGGCGUUGCGCAACAGGGGCAAUGGCGCGGAAACGGCGGAAACAACAGCGCGGCGCAGCUCAUGGUUCUCCCGCAGCAAGUGGGGCUUCCCCCAAGAAUGGGCGUUUCGCCGCAGCAACCGCUGCUCUCCCUCUCCCUGCCUCCGCCGACAGCGCGGAAUCAGGGCUUCAUGUGGCAGGCCCCGCGGCCGAUGUAUGCGGAGGCGGCUCUUGCGGCACCGGACGCGGCGUGGAACGCGGCGGGAGAUGCGGCAGCGGAAGUGGCCGGGAAUCGCGGCCAAGAGGCGCUGCCAGACACUCAGCUGACUCUCGGGCGCUCCCUGCCGCCUCCCGUGCCGGCCGCUGGCGCCGCUGCGCACGUGCUGGUUGGCUCGGGCGACUUCUCCGAACCUCCUCGUGCCCAGCCUCACGCGCUGGUCGGGCCGAGCCUCGCGCCGGAGCAGUCAGCCUCGGUGUCGUCGUCCGCGUCGACGACGGUGGUCACUCGCACGGAGUCGCAGGGGUGGAGCGACGAGACGGGCGACGAGGACGACGACGAGUGGGGGGAGGGCGACGGGGACGAGGCGGAGAGCGAGCAGUGCGGGGGAGACGACGGGCGCGGGAAUGGGGGCGUGAUGGGGGAGAUUGGGGAGCAUGCGGAGGAGGAAGCGGAACCUGAUGGCGCUCACGCGCUCGUGUCCGCCGCAACCCCCGCGUCUGUUACCGCGCGCCCUGCGUCGCUCGCUGCCAAUCACGCACCCGCUUCUGGAGUCAUCGCGCCUCGUGCGUCGCGGCUCGUCGGAUCGCACAUCACGAUCAACGGCCUGCGUGCGUCGACUGAAACCAGCCAAUCACCAACGGGAGGCAUGCACGGAAGUGGAGCCAUCCGAUCGGUCGGGUCCGCAGCAGCAGGGACGGCAUCAUCAGAGCAGCUGAGAGAGAGCAUGGAGCAAUCACCCGUCCCAAUGGUGUUUGCGAGCCUACCAUCACGUCCCCGCAGUGGGCAUGCAGUGCAGGUGGGAGAGAGCAUGACGGCGCUGUGGGCGAACGGCGCCUUUCACCGCCUCGUGGGGCUCCCCUGCUGCUCCUGGCUGCUCUCCCUUGGUGCUGCCUCGCUCCCCACUGUCACGCUCGAUACAAGCAGCAUGAGCUGCAUAAGCUUGCGAUUACAGGGAGCGGCAGGGGGGUGCCCUGCUGUGGUUGAAGGAGGGGUGCGGGUGCGGUGGCAGGGAAGGGAGGGGGGGCGAGGGGGGGAGAAAGGGGAGGGGGAGGCUGUGGGUAUGGCGGUGGGGAGGAGGGUGGAGGAUAGUGAAGGGGCGGUGAUGGGGUAUCUUUGGGAGUUGAGGCUGAGCGGGGAGGGUGAUGAGGUGAUGAGAGCUGGUGUGAAUGUGGGUGAACAGGGGGAGGGAGAGGAGGGGAAGGGGAGGGAGGAGGGGGCUGAGGACGAGGAUACGCUGGCAGCAGAGUCACUGCUUCUCUUCACUGGAGGCAUGGUGGCAUGA